AUGACUUCUCUUCCGUCCCUCCGCGUCGUGUCUCACAGGGAAGUGCCUCCCGAGGUCUACUCUCUGCUGGACGACGUUCCUCAGUCCGAGAAGUGGUGGGAGGCCGUGGAGUUACAGAAGGUGCUGCUGGCGCGCAACAGCCUGACCCACAUCUCAGAGGAGAUCGGCCGCCUGCCCUGCCUCACGUGGCUUGACGUCAGCUACAAUGCCCUGCCCCGCCUGCCUGCUGCUGUCGGCAAGCUAGUGGAGCUCAAGAGUCUGCUGGCGAGCCACAACAAGCUGGAGUGCCUGCCAGAGGAGAUCGGCGGUGCAGCGAACCUGGUCAAGCUGGACGUCUCCCAUAACGUGCUGGAAGGGCUGCCUGCUGCUCUUGCCGCCUGCACACUCCUCGCCCACCUCGAGGCAUGCUCCAACCGCAUUGCUUCCCUGCCAGCCUCCUUGGGUUCAUGCACUGCUCUCUCUCAUCUCAAUCUCGAGAACAACCAGCUGCAGAGCAUCCCCUCGCCUCUGCUCUCCUCACUCCGCAACCUCAGGCAUCUCGACCUUGGGCGCAACAAGCUGCAGUCUCUCCCGGACGACAUAGGAGCCCUCUCGUCACUCCUACACCUCAACGCCUUUCAGAACUGCCUUGUUUCUGUUCCAUCGACCAUCAGCGGCUGCAUCUCCCUGCUGGAGUUGCACCUGGGCCGCAACAAGCUCAAGCAGCUGCCAGUGGAAAUCGGCCACCUGCCUUCACUUGUUACUCUCUCCGUGCCCUCCAAUAAAGUCUGCUCUCACAUGCGUGUGCUGGAGGACCUGCCCCCGUCACUGCGCCGCCUGAGCAUCCAGGCUAUUGAUGUCUCCGACAAUGACCUUCCCACCCUGCCCGCCUGGCUUGGUAGCAUGACAUCGCUGCAGAGGGUCGCAGCAGCAGGCAAUCCCAUCAGAACCAUCCGAAGCACGCUCAUCAACGGACCGGCCAAGAACCUCCUGGACUAUCUGCGCUCUCGCCUCCCUGCUGCUUCUGCUGAUGACCAUGAUUCAGAUUCUGCCAGCGCUUCUGCACCUGCUGCACUGCGUGAGCUGACUCUGGAAUCACCACCUGCUGCUGCUUCUGCUGCUGCUGCGCCUGCCGCUGCUGCUGCUGCUGCUGCACCGGCUGCUUCUGUGACUGCUGCUGAAGCAGGCAUGGUGCCACAGACCUUGCAAUCAAGGCAGAGCGAGGAGAUCAUGAGUGGAUCAGGAGACACGGUGGACAGAGCAGGAGAGGUGGAAAGAGGGGUGGACAGAGCAGGAGAGGUGGAAAGAGGGGUGGAGGGGGAGGGGGAUGCGGUGGCGGCUGCAGAAGCAGCAAUGGCAGAGCCAUGGCUGAGGGAGUGCUUUGAGGGAGGGGCCCUCCAGUUGUCAAAGAAGGGCUUAUCAGAGCUGCCACGUGGCAUCGCGGCAUUGGCUGCGGGUGACAUCCCUCUGACGUCCAUCAUCGCCUCUCACAACUCCCUCACCUCGCUGCCCUUCUUCCUCUCAGCUUGUACCUCCCUCACUGAGCUAGACCUGUCAACCAAUAAGAUUGCAGCCUGGCCUUCUCUUGCCCUGCGCUCGCUCCCAUCGCUCCGCACCCUCUCCCUCGCCAACAACCCCGUGGGGCAGGUGAGGCUGGGGCAGGUGGGGCUGGGGCAGGUGAGGCUGGGGCGGCUGCCCCUGACAGCGCCACAGGACAUCUCCACGUUGCAGUGCCUGAAUCUUUCCGGCUGCUGCUCUCCCUCCUCCGCGCCACUGCUACCACCCUCCUUCUCCCUGGCCGCCCUUCCACGCCUCACAGAGCUGCACCUCAGUCGACUCAAAGGUCAUCUCCUCCACGCGCCACUGCUCGUGCCCUCCUUCUCCCUGGCCGCCCUUCCGCGCCUCACAGAGCUGCACCUGCACCUCAGGGGCAAUCGCCUUACUGCCUUUCCCGCAGGCUUUGACUCUCUCCCCUCCCUUCGAGUCCUCAAUCUCUCACAGAAUCAAAUCGAAUCCAUACCCGUUGAAGUGACCCGGUUGACCCGAUUGGAGUCGCUCGACGUUUCAGACAACAACAUUCCCAUGCUGCCUCCCAAACUUGGCUUGAUGAAGACUCUCUCUCUCCUUCGAGUCGACGGCAACCCCAUUCGCACUAUCAGGUGGAGCAUCAUAAACGGUGGCACCAAAGCGCUUCUGGCAUACCUUGAAGACCGCAUCCCUGCUUGA